AAUGCAGGUGAUGUAAUGCGCAGCGAAACGUUGUGUGUGGGCUCCCGUUGUGCCUGUUCGCAGGCGCAUCUGUUCUAAGACGUCGACCUAUUCUAUUGCCACUAGUCAGUCGCCAACAGACGCCACCAGCUCAUCUAGUGUCGAAUAGGCGUUCAGACCGCAAGCUGAGCUCGUUAUCAACUGAACAAGGCUGAGGCGCAUGCGCCUGAGAGCCUGACCUCUGCAGCAAUGGCUUUUACCUUCUGCCUGAGGUGUCUGCCUUGGCCUUUGCCUUGUUCCUCUGCUGGGAGUACUAAACCUUUACGAUAUCAUUCUUGAAUCUGGACGACUGAAGCCUGUCUUUCUCCCCCGGUUGAUUCUACUAUGGACUCAUCAAGCGAUUCCAGCUGGAUGAACGCCUGUCACAAUGGAAUCUUGAUAGAACAGCCAUGUACACAUAGGUACAUAGAGAUCUCGGAGACAAAGUCGGGGUUGAGUGUCAUCCAAGAGAUCAAACGCGACGAGGAUAUUCCAGCCUUGUGCCAAAGUGAUCCGUCAACUCCAGACACUGUGUGGAUGCUGCGAUUCCUGGUUACAUUGACCUCACGCCCCAGUAACUGGGCUAUACCUUAUUCGCGGGCAUCGUAUAGUGCGCUACAAAAACAUUGGCAUAUGCCCAAUGUUUGUUUUUCUUUCUUACAGGUUAACAGCAACCCAAUGCCAUACAGUCCUAUUCUUGGCGACCCUUCAUGGGAAGGUAUUCAUCUCAGCUCUAAUUCACCGCGUUGCUUUGAUUUGUGGCUAUCCCGUAAUCCGACCACACGCACCAUGUUCUCGAUACUGGCCAGCAAUGACCCCUUCACCUUGGACAGUAUCGUUCAAGAAUUACUGGCCGCGAAAAGUUUCGCCUUCCAGCCUUAUCUUCUACCAUUCAUAGUGACGGGAAACAAACUUCAGGGUUUAGCAGGGCAUUUUAACCGACUCAGUAAAGACUUCCAAUCCAUAAGCCAUAUUCUAGGCUCCGACGAAUACUUCGUGCCAAUGUUAGACCAGACUGAAGGGCCUAAUAUGACCGACAUGCCACGUAAACUGACAGCUAUGGCUACCGCUUUGGGAGGUAUCGUGAUUACACUGGAAGCUUUCCAGGACACGAUAGACUUUGUUGAAGAUCAGCUCGAGAAACACUCUCGACUCGGUCCAAUGGAUGUCGUAGCUGAGAUGCGACAUCGCCUUGGUGUAAUUCGAUUCAAACACGGGGAUAUGCGAAAGAGAAGCGAGGCGAUGAAGGAUACGGUGCAGGUACAGGUGCAAAUGGUGUAUGCUGUCCUCCAGCAAAAGGACAACGAACUUAGCCUUCGUUACGGUGCUGAUAUGCGCAUCAUUUCUGCUGUCACGCUCAUAUUCCUCCCUGGCACCUUCAUCGCCACGUUAUUCAGUACAAGCUUCUGGAAUUUCGAUCCCCAAGGCACCGGACCGCACGUCUCGAAAUGGGUAUGGCUGUAUUUUGUCAGCACGGUAGUGUUGACAGUGGCCGUUCUCGGAGUGUGGAGAGGAUUCACAGCCCUCCGACUUCUCAAGAAACGCGUCUUGAGUACCUGGAACAACAACGUCUUGUUGAAGAAGCUGAGGAGAGUGAAGGAUCCGGUCGAUGAAGAAACCGGCAAGAAGGGGGCUUAAAGAGAUGAACAGAGAAGGGUGAGAAAGCUAGGAAGCAUUCAUGACUUAAGUUGUUUCCGCUGUAGUAUCAGCUGGGUGGUUUGCCUCAUACACAUUGAUUUUGAUACCGCUUAUUAUGAUAGUAAAUGUUCACAAACGUUCCAUCGAGUGCUAGGCGAUCCUCCCAACUAUCCACUCCCUCAUAGUUCUCCGGCCGAAGAUGAUUGCCGACUCCCAGCAG